GGAUGGGAUGGAAUGGAGAUGGGAUCAGGAGGCAGGUGGAGGGGCUCCAGGUCAUUGGAAGGUGGUGGAUGGAGCCCAGAUGGCAGUUGGAGGAUGGUAGGGUAAGGCUGUGAGGCAGUGGGGUAAGAGUGGAACAGGUCCAGGUGGGGCAGGAUACCUCACUGGGCUGCUGGUGGGGUGUGGGGGUGGAUGUGGGUGAUGGUGACAGUGGGGGCUUGGGGCCAACAGGGAGCUGGGGGCACUGGGGAGAGCAUCUGGGUGACACUGCAUCCCCAACAGGGCUCACCAGGCUGCCAGGGUCACAAAGAUGGGGAUGAGGCAGUGCCCAACCCUGGGGGGCACAGGGGUCGUGGCACUGAUCCUGACCCUCUGCACAGGCUUUAGUGGAGCAUCGAGGGUCAUCUACUCCGAAGUGAUGGUGCCGAGGCAGCUGGAGCUGAGGCACGAGGCAGCCGUGCAGGACGACGUGGCCUAUUUAAUCACGGCAGAGGGAAGCUACCACGUCGUCCAUCUGACUCGAGCAAAAAAUCUGGUAGCCAAGGACCUCCCGGUUUACACAUACGGUGCCAGGGGAGAGCUGAUCACCGAGUUCCCCUACAUCCAGGAUGACUGCUUCUACGAGGGCUUCGUGGAAGGGUCGCCAGGCUCCAUCGUGGCCCUCAGCACCUGCUAUGGGAUCAGGUAGGGCCGUGCACUGAGCAAUGCAUGGUGGAU